AUGCCAGUCCCUAAGUCUGCAGUAAUUGUAAUCCAGAUCGGCGGGUCCGUUGCCGGUCUCUUACAAGGUCUGCAACUAAAGCGCCAAGGGGCAAACGUCAUAGUCCUUGAGCAGGACCCCUCCAAAGACCGCCACAGCCACGAAUCAGGUGUAUCAAUUGGGCCGACGGUAGUGAAACUGUUGGAAAAAUACGACGCCACAGGUCGACCAGCCGCCAUCCCAGCCCGGUUCCUCAGCGCAGCAUGGAGGCAACGACUUCGCGUUGCGAGCAUGGUUUGGAACCAUAAUAUGAGCAACUGGGGUUGUCUUUAUCUCAUUCUGCGUGCCAACUUUGAUGGGUUUGAAUCACAGACUGUGCCUCGGCCACCGGCUUCGAAGGAGACAGAUGGUCAGGUGGAGUAUCGACCUGGCAAGCGUGUGACUGGUGUCACCUAUGAUAAGGACAAAGGCCUUGUUCAUGUCGAGUAUGUGGAUGUUUUGAACGGGGACGUCAGCACUGUUAGCUCGGAUAUGGUUAUCGCUGCUGAUGGUGUGCAUUCGACUGUUCGAAAGAUCUUGCAGGUCCCCACACGUAGGGAUUAUGCCGGGUAUAUUGGAUGGCGUGGAACUGUUCCCGAAGCACGAUUAUCCAAAGAAACGGUGGAAUAUUUCUCCAAUCGACUCAACUUCACCUUUAUGAAGGGGACAUAUUUCAUCAGCUACCUCAUCCCAACCGAAGCUGGCGACAUCCAGCCCGGUAAACGCCUCGUCAACUGGGUCUGGUACUUCACCGUGCCGGAAGGAUCACCAGAAAUGAAAGAGAUCUUCACAGAUGUUCAAGGAAAGACCCAUCCUAACACUGUGCCACACGGUCAAAUAAAACCCGAAGUCUGGUCCAAGCAGAUAGCUCGUUAUGUGUCGGAUAUGACACCACCACUGGCGGAGAUUGUCACCAAGACACCGCGACCAUUCGUCACAAAGGUUGGUGAGGCUGAAGCUACCCAGUCAAGCUUCUUUGAUGGGCGACUUGUGCUGGUCGGGGAUGCGUUCACUGGAUUCCGCUCUCAUUUGGGGAUGGCGUCGGAGCAGGCGGCGCGUCAUUGUUUUCAGAUGGAUCGCGUUUGGAGGGGAGAGAUCACGCAGGAGGAGAGAGAUCGCGAAGCGAGGUUUUAUUCCAAGCGGUUUUUACUGCUGAAUCGGCUGAUCGGGUUGACUGGGUUAGGCUUAGUGUUGGAAGUUUGUAGGGUUCUAAUCGCCUAUCUGGUGUUGAUGGUUCAGCAUCGACUCGGUUUGGUGUAA